AUGUCAACAUCUGGGAAAACAGACGAUGCAAAGAAAGCUGCAGCGGAAGAAGCAGCGCCAUUUUCGACACCAAGUCCCGGCAACCCCGUGAUGAGUUUUUUACAAUCGCCAGUACCCACAAAGCCAGCUCAAAGUCUGUCUGUAGAUAUAGCAAAAGGAAAUCUAAAUCCAGUUGAGACUCGCACUCGGACUCAGGUUCAGAAUAAGAAUGGAGCAUCGGAAAGCAAUGUGGUUAAGGAAUACAGUGUUAAACCUUACACAUCAUCGACACAAUCAACGAGUGCCAUACCUUCUACUUCGAGCUCAGUAAAGAAACUAGUUGUUAAACAGGACCCAAAUUUAAAAUCAUGUUUAACUCAAACACCAAGCUUUAGUACACCCCCAAAUAAUAAUAGCAAUAACAACGAAAGCAAUAACAACACCAAUAUCAACAUCAACAACGAAAACAACAACAACAACAACGGACAAGCAGGAGUGGGGCAGAAUAGACCUGCUUUGACACAUCCUGAGUCUGAACAUACUCAACAUCCACAAUUCCUAUCAACUGAUAAUAUCAGCCCCAACAAUCAUGGGUUGGGCAUAGCAGGUAAAAAUCCUCAGACUGAAGAGUUUGCUGUAAUUACACCAUCUCAUUAUACUCCAAUGGUACCAAAUCAAGGUGCAAAAAUCACAUCACCUCCUCUACAAGCUAGUAGCAACUCUACUAAUUCCAUCACCAAUACAACAACUACAACAACAACAACAGCAGCGACAACGACAACGACUAAUGCACCUACUUCUGCUACUUCACCGAUUAUUGGUGUUCGUACCCAAAGUCCACUUCUGGAUACACAUGAGCAACACCCAGUUUUCCAGCCAAGCAUGUCAAGAAUGAAUUCGUUGAGGUACAAGGUGGACGAUAAGAAAUAUAUAGAGACAGCAAGACACUCCAAUAACAACUCUGAGGAAAACUUAUCGUCCAAUUUGGACACUGCUUUGGAGGAGGAAAAAAGCAAGCUUCAUUUGCUCAUUGGUAUUACGGGAUGCAUUUCGAUCCACAAAAAUGUCUUUCUUAUUAUUGAAAAGCUUUUUGAGUUGUAUACACACGACAAUCUUGAGAUUCAAGUAAUUUUGACAAAAUCUGCAGAGUACAUUCUCUCGGAGAAAUUGCACAAGUUCGAUGAGAUGGGUGUUCGUGUAUGGUUUAGCGAUGAUGGAUGGAAAUACUUUUUAACAUCACCUUUUCAGAAAUAUUACACACAGGCCGUGACUACGGGGAACUUGCCAGCUUUUAAGAAACAAUUUCAUUCUCAGAAUCAGAUUUUGCAACAAUAUAGUCUAGUCUAUGACUUGCAAAGAUGGACAGAUGUGCUUUUGCUCGCACCAUUAUCUGCAAAUACAAUGGCAAAGUUGAUUACCGGGUUAUCUGACAACUUGUUGACCGAUUUGCUUCGAAUAUGGCCAGCUCCACAAGUGCAUUAUACUGAUCAAAAUACUGCAAAACAAGCACCAGUUAAACCACAUCCACAUCCACAUCCACUGGGGGAAGUAAAGAAAGACACUACAGUGAUUUCCAACAACUUAGCGGCUCCGAAACCAAUCAUAUCGGCAUUAGCACUCACAAACUCAAUGUAUUCUCAUCCAAUUACAAAGAGACAACUAGUGCAGCUCCAAGAAACAUAUCCAAAUAUGAGUAUCUUGAAACCUGUAGAGAAAUGUGUUGAUAUGGAUGGGAACAUAGCAAUGGGUGGUAUGAGGUCAUGGAGAGAAGUUGUUGAUUUUGUGUGUAAGAAGUUGGGACCUCCACCAGAAGAUGAAGAUGAAGAUGAGGACGAGGAGGAGGGCGACGACGAUAGAGAAGAGGCGAAUGAUAUUGAUGCUAUAUUAGAGGAAAAUGAUGAUGAUGAUGAUGAUGAUGAUGAGGAGGAGGAGGAAGAAGAUACCAGUGAGACUGUGUAG